ACAUAAAUCUUCUUUUUUUUCCCGCUUUUCUUAUUCUCUUCUUCAAUCUUCAUCAUCUCUUUUGGCGAUGAAGAUUUCUCCGACUCUCAUCUUCAUCAUCAUCUCGAUCUCUCUACGCGGAAGCUAUGGAAUUAGUAUUGAUAAGGAGAAGACACUAGCGAUGAUAAAACCAGAUGGUGUUUCUGGAAACUACACAGAAACGAUCAAGAAGAUGAUUCUCGAAUACGAUUUCAGCAUCCUCCGUGAGAUGACUGUUCAAUUGGAUGAGGACCGUGCUGGUCUCUUUUAUGCUGAACAUUCUAAACGAGGAUUUUUCAACAACCUUAUCAAAUACAUGACUAGUGGUCCAGUGUUUGUUAUGGUACUGGAAAAGGAGGAUGCAAUUGUUGAUUGGCGGGAGUUAAUUGGACCAACGGAUGCGAGUAAAGCGAAGAUUUCACAUCCUAAUAGCAUUAGAGCCAUGUGUGGGUUGGAUAUGGAGAGGAACUGCGUUCAUGGUUCAGAUUCUCCUCAAUCUGCUGUUAGGGAGAUUUCUUUUUUCUUUGAGGAGGUGUCGUUAAAAGGAGAUGUUCUAGAACAUGACGAACUUUAAAUAAGGCAAGUGAAAUGCAAUGAAAAAGCUGACAAGGUACACAAUUGUCUUUAUAUACGCGCGGUAGAAUAUCCACUCUCCUGAAGGAGCUUCACAUUUGCACAAUAAUAAUUUAUUCAUAACAAACUGUUAUCCUUUGAAUAGGAAAUUCUCGUAUUGACCUUGAGAUUGCAAUUUGUUACCUUUAUCAAGUCAUUUAUUUAUGCAAUAGAGCUAGGUAGAAUUGGUUUCGUUUCCGUCUGGGUGUUAUCACUCUUUAGUUAGCAAUUGAUACUAGCUCUUAUGCUAUUGGAGUUCAGUUUCACUGUUUUUGAUCAACUGAGGAACUUUUUCUUGGUCAAUCAAAGUCUACGAAUCAUUGUGUUUGGUCA